UCUUACCCACUUCACCAAAUAUGUUCUAAGUAUUUUGAUCUUUGAGCUGUGGAGCAAUCAUUUCUCAUCACCCUACGAAGGGACCAAUUUGCCCAAGGUGAUCUAACAAGGAAUUGUCCACGACGUGCUCUGCUUUCUUACAAUCCCGUGACUACCAGAACAUUAAAGGUUGAUUGCUUUUAUCUAAAAGUUGGGGAUGGGAAGUGCAUUAGAGACUCUAUGUGGGCAGGCAUUUGGUGCGGGGAAGCUAAGGAUGCUUGGGGUUUACAUGCAGAGAUCAUGGGUGAUUCUGCUAACUACAUCUUGUGUGUUGCUUCCUAUCUACAUUUGGUCUCGUCAGAUUCUUGAGCUCGUCGGAGAAACAACUGAAAUCUCUGAGGCUGCCGGAAAAUUUGCUGUGUGGAUGAUUCCGCAAUUGUUUGCAUAUGCUAUGAACUUUCCCAUACAAAAGUUUCUACAAGCUCAGAGGAAAGUGUUUGUAAUGGCCGCGAUAUCCGCUGUUGUGCUGGUGCUGCAUGCAUUCUUCAGCUGGCUGACGAUACUGCAUCUUGGAUGGGGCUUGACCGGAGCAGCAAUUACCUUAAAUACAUCAUGGUGGCUCAUUGUCAUCGGUCAGUUGAUGUACAUUUUUAUCACUAAAUCUGAUGGUGCUUGGGGUGGAUUCUCCUGGUUGGCUUUUGCAGACCUGUGGGGGUUUGUGAAGCUUUCCUUCGCAUCUGCAGUCAUGUUAUGCUUGGAGUUUUGGUAUUUGAUGAUUCUGGUGGUGAUCGCUGGGCGCCUGAAAAAUGCUCUGAUUGCUGUUGAUGCCAUUUCUAUUUGCAUGAACAUCCAAGGAUGGGAUGCUAUGAUUGCAAUUGGAUUCAAUGCCGCUAUCAGCGUGAGAGUAUCAAAUGAACUUGGAGCAGGAAAUGCAAAGUUAGCGAAAUUUGCAGUUGUUGUUGUCUGCAUAACAUCUAUGUCCAUAGGAGUUGUAGCCAUGGCUGUGGUGUUUGCAACAAGAGAUUACUUCCCUUACCUCUUCACUAGCAGUGAAACAGUUGCAAAAGCAGUUACGAAACUAGCCGGCCUCUUGGCCUUCACAGUUUUCUUGAACAGCCUUCAGCCUGUCUUAUCUGGUGUUGCUGUUGGAGCUGGAUGGCAAGCCGUUGUAGCUUAUAUCAACGUUGGAUGUUACUACAUCAUUGGAUUGCCUGCCGGGAUAGUCCUAGGGUUCACACUUAAUUUAGGAGUUGAGGGUAUUUGGUCAGGCAUGAUUGGAGGAAUUGUUUUGCAAACCAUAAUAUUGAUAAUUAUCACUGCUAGGACCAAAUGGGAAAGCGAAGCUGAGCAAGCAGAAAGCCGUGUUAGGAAAUGGGGAGGAUCAAUUGCAGAGCAAUGAUUUGAAUAAAAACUUCCACUGUUACUUGUUUCUUACCAGACACUAACU